UUGCAUAAAACGUUUACAAGUUGUAGCAUACCAUACUGACAAAAUGAAAACUUACAUGAGUGUCGUCCUGCUUGCCAUGUCCCUCGUGGUCAUUGGUGCUCAAGUGCCCGAGGAGGCGGAGAGAGGAGGACGCUUGUGUUUCUUGUGCGAGAGAGUCGUGCAACGUCUGAGGCAGCUGCUGCAAGAGAGCUCCCCGGCGCAGAUUGAGAGCGGCCUAGACAGGUUGUGUGACUUCGCCCCCGUUCCCUUGAGGCCUAAGUGUGAGAACUUGGUCCAACAACGCGGGUCACUUCUGGUUCAACUGCUGCAGCAUAUUCCUAAAGACCGUCUGUGCAUCCUCAUCUGCCGCUCCAACAACGCUGAAAACUAGAUCUAGAGGAAGAUUGUGAGCCCCUGCUGUGGGUGAGCUGGAUGACCAGGUGUGUACAGUUGUCGCGGGAAUUGUCUCCACGAAGUGUGGCCACGCCAGGGAGGGCGUCCAGGCCAUGUCUACACGGGUGACGUCACAAGACCUCGUCCCAUCGGUCACUCUGUUCGUCCGUUGGUGCUCCACUUCUUGCCGCAGCAGGCCCACGUCUUCCCCGGUCUCUGUUGACGUAUUGUGUAGACCACUGUUGGCUGGUUGUUUUAUGAUGUUGUAGACAACUGUUGUAUUUGUUAUAGACCGCUGUUGACGCAUUGUGAGACAGCUGUUGAUGUAGCUCUAUUGUUUUAUAUAAAGUUGUAGACCAUUUGUGCUUUUAUGAAGUUGUAGAUCACUGGAUUUCACGUUCAUCAGUGUCUUUCUUCGUCUCUACUUUGCCUUGCAGCACUUGAUCAGAUUUGUACAAGACUACGUACCAAAGGUGAAACUCUGUGAAAUUACAAAAUGUUUAGACGAUUUGUAUGUCGUCCUUGUUCAGUUUGCUUAGUAUUUCAAAUUGUUAUUCACAACCCUCGAUGGUAAUUGAUGGUACGAUAUGUACGCCAAAAAAACUACAUAAAAUGUUGUUCUGGUAAUUAAAUUCUUUUUUUUUUUGUCUACCAAUCCAUGGAAUUGGUAUGAAAAUGUGUCCUCACCAAACGAAUUUUAAAAAAUCUGAAUAAAACUUGAAAAGCGUUAA